GCCGAUGCGACUCUAGCUUAGAUAAAUCGAUACGGGCGCGAUUGGAAUCACUCCAUCCCGCAAAGUGCUUGAUUUCUGAUAUGCCACCAUGGUGGAUUCAGCGGAACCCCUAGAGCGUCUGGAUGGAACUCCUGAUACUCAAGCAGACCAUGCGGGGAAGUCAAAUCACCCCGCGGGGGAAUCUAAACAUUCGGCGCUAUCAGGCGCAGCAACGGCACGGCAGCAAGUGGUCAAGGUGCUGUCCCAGACAGACACAACUAUUGAGCGGAUCAAUACUCUACUAUCCACCUCCGGAGGCCAAGAGAGCGUUCUCGCUUCAAUAAACUAUUCUUCGCAUGCUCUACAUUACCUUCUUUUUUCUGCCCCUUCUGUUGCACUGAGGAAUCAUUUGCGACUUCUUUUGUGGCGGAAAUUCAACCGCAACCAUGCUGUCGCUUCAUCGGAAUCGAAAACAUCCUCACCAUCCUCAUCCCCUCUUCUCGCCCUGUCCUCUCUGAUGUCCGAAACCCGAUACAACCUGCGAUUAUUCGGUCUGAUACCUCUCUGGGCCUGGGGCUCGGCAGUCCUCAAAGCUCCUCCCUCUGACCCUGUCCUCCGUGCUGUGGCCUUCCUCCAGGUCUUCGUGAACGUGGUUUAUCAGGCGCUGGAGAACGUCGCAUACCUUGCUUCCAAGGGCAUCUUUCCAAAGAGCUUUGUGGAGCGGCGCGGUGGAAUCGACAAGUGGUAUAUAUGGAGUACACGUGCAUGGCUGGGCCAUGUGCUGCUGGAAUUUGUUCGGCUGGGAAGAGAGACGGUUUUGAGGAAGGCGAAAUACGCAGAAUUGGAGAAAGCCAAGACUGAACUGGAUGACAAGGCAGCGCUAGCAGCUGUGAUGCAGCAGGAAGAGACUCGCAGGCAGGAAAUCAGAGCAUUCCGCAAGAGUCUCGUGAACAACCUUGCCUGGGCACCGCUGUGUAUCCACUGGAGCGUGGAACAGGGAAUUGGCAUCCCACCCAGCUUGACUGGAUUCAUAAGUUUCAUCGCUGGUGCUUGGGGCCUGUACGAUCGGUGGCAGGCGACAGCACACACAUAAGCCCUUCCGUGGUUUGUAGGCUGGUUCCUCAAUUUUACGUUCCUGAUUCCAGGAUGACGAUUAUUAUGGUCCGAAAAGACCGUUUACGCUUGCAGUCAAAUCAGUCAUUCUUUGAUGGAUGUCUGUGUUUUGCUUAUAUCAUACCCACUUUCUCUUCUUGCU